CCAGCCAGCCCCGCCCCGCUGCCGUGACGUCACUUCCGCCUCGUGUGGCCCGCUCUUCCGGGCGCCGCACACUGCUUCCGUCUCCGCGUUUCCACGGCGACGCGGCGCCCCGGCUUUCUCCGGUCCUGUUGGUUCAGUGGGACCCGUUGGCAUCCAGAGAUGUCAACCCCACCGCUGGCCGGGGCGGGGAUGCCUCCCGGUGCAUUCUCAGGAACGCAGGCUCAGGCAGCUAGGGAGGUCAAUACAGCAUCUCUGUGCCGUAUCGGCCAGGAGACCGUGCAGGACAUUGUGUUUCGAACCAUGGAAAUCUUCCAGUUACUGAGGAACAUGCAGCAACUUAUUCCAUAUGUUGAAGAAGAUGGCUCCAAGCAUGAUGAUCGUGGUGCUGCUAGUCAGCUUCGUUUUGCUAGUGAAGAGAGAAGGGAAAUCAUGGAAGUAAAUAAGAAACUGAAACUGAAGAAUCAGCAACUGAAGCAGAUCAUGGAUCAGUUACGGAAUCUCAUUUGGGACAUAAAUGCCAUGUUGGCAAUGAGGAACUGAACAAGGAAAAUCGAACUCCAUAACAGAAAAUAUACAAAUAUGUUCGAGUAUGCUUCAUUUUAAGAAUAAAUAUUUUUUCCUACAGCUAUAUGGAAGCAGUAACUUCAAGUUCAAAAUGGGUUUUUUGUGUGUGUGUGAUGACUUAUAUGGUGUUGGCUUUGUUUUCAUAAGAGUCAUCCUGCAGAUUGUACCUGAACAAUUUGCUUAGGUUGAUUAUAAUACAUUUUGGAACUUAGAGUAAUUUGAAUUGCUAUGCAAAUUAGAUCUGUGUAAAAUAAGCAUUUCUGGAUUUUUUUAAUAAUACAUUAAAAUACAUUUUAAAUAUAUAA